AUCCAACAUGGCCGCUAAGAGCCCUGAACUCUACCGCGAAGCGUUGAAAUACAUGAACAUUCACAGCGGUAAGAUUGGCAGAUAUGCUGUACAGAGAACAAUCGAACAUUUAAAAAGGUGUAAUGUUGUCUUAGAUCAAGAUGUCAAAGAGAUGAGGAUUAACAUUCCAAAACCUGAGCAAAGAGGCGCAGAACGGUUCUUUUAUGAGAAUGUUCCACAGCUGAAGUUUAAAAAUCCACAUGUUGAAUUUUCAGGGUCACAAAAUCAAUCUGAACAUGCAGAACUCCUUAUAACAUUUAUGGAUGAACGCCAAGAAAGAAUUCUGCUUGCAGAGAAGGAGCCAUCACAGAUCAUGCAAGAAGUUGUAAAACUUGCCGCUGCAACAUCCAGCUCAGGUGAUGGAAAUUCAUGACAAGUUGAAGGUACAUGUGUCUCUUGGAACCCUACAGCAUAAGCCAAAAUUGUCAUUCUAGACAUCGGUUAAGAAAUACAAAAACAGUUGUAUGCACGUCAAAUGACAAUGCAAUUAAUGCAAUCUCAAUUUCAUGGUCAACUUGUGGUACAAUUCCUUUUUACAGCAGUCGUAACUGUUCAUGUAUCAAUGCCCUAUGAGGCCACAAACUAAAUAAAUGCAAUUUUAAUAAUA